UGCCAGGCAUGGCCCUGGUGUGCCGUCCCAGGGACCCUCCUCCAAAAGCCUCUGGACUUUGGGGAGGAACGUAGGAAAAUCUGUAUGUAUUUAUAAAUACACGUUCACCUACAGGGGUGUGUAUUUUCUUAGAAAACCUAUUUGUUACGGAGUUUCGCUGUCUCGUGGCACAGGGAGCCCGGUCUCCGGUCCCUGCGUGUGGUCAGCAUGAUCCCAGGCCAUGGGCCGGUGAUCCAGGCGGUGCUGGGGACGUGUCUCACCUGGGGCCUGACGGCAGCUGGCUCGGCGCUGGUGUUUGUGUUUUCCAGCGGCCAGAGGCGGAUCCUCGAUGGAAGCUUAGGCUUUGCUGCGGGGGUCAUGUUGGCAGCUUCUUACUGGUCCCUCCUGGCGCCAGCUAUUGAAAUGGCUGAGGAAUCUGGAAGUUUUGGAGCCUUCGCUUUCAUCCCUGUGGCUGUUGGCUUUGCUCUGGGAGCAGCUUUUGUGUAUUUUGCUGACCUGCUCAUCCCCGUGCUGGGUUUCAGCGGACCUCCCCACGCAGCUUUUGCCUUGAGCUGUGACCCACAAGUGAUGAAAGAAAAACAAGAGCAUGAACCCACCCAUCACCUGGACUAUGAGAGCGAGCUGUCCAUCCGGAUAGGUAGAGCUGGGCUCCAUCCAGACAAAGGAGAAAAUGGGGAGCCUUACCAGCGGAGGAGAGCGGCGGGGGCCAGCCUGCCAGACGGCCCCCCGGCCUUCCCGGCGCCCAGGGACGGUGCCCCGGCGCCCGGCAGCAGCAGCUGGAGGCGGAUUCUGCUGAUGAUCCUCGCUAUAACCAUCCAUAACGUCCCAGAGGGUCUGGCGGUUGGAGUUGGAUUUGGGGCUGUUGGAAAAUCAGCGUCGGCAACGUUUCAGAGCGCCAGGAACUUGGCGAUCGGGAUCGGGAUCCAGAAUUUCCCGGAAGGGCUCGCCGUGAGCCUGCCUCUGCGCGGCGCCGGCUUUUCCACGUGGAGAGCGUUCUGGUAUGGGCAGCUCAGCGGCAUGGUGGAGCCUUUAGCUGGCAUCUUUGGUGCCUUUGCUGUGGUGGUGGCAGAGCCUCUUCUCCCCUACGCCUUGGGCUUUGCUGCCGGAGCGAUGGUCUAUGUGGUCAUGGAUGAUAUCAUCCCUGAGGCACAAACCAGUGGCAAUGGGAAGCUGGCUUCCUGGACCUCAAUACUAGGAUUUGUGGUGAUGAUGUCCCUGGACGUUGGCCUCGGGUAAUGGCAGGUCACCGCUCCCCGGGAGAAGACUUCAGAGCAAUUUGUGUGGCGGCACUUGGAACUGGACGUACUUUAUCCUCUAGACUUUUUUGUAUAUACUUUUUGAUCUGGUUUGGUGUUGAUUACCUAUAAUUUUAUAUAUCUCCCCCCCAUAACAUAAUGUUGAUGGUUUUCAAAGCACAAAUACGGGUGGCUCCUUGCAGGUCCUGGUUUCCUUUUGCCACCAGAUUUUCUUUUUUUCUCCACAGGGUUGUUGGUGAGACGCAUUGGCUGGGCUGCAGGUUACAGUUCACUUUCCCUUCAGCUCUGGGGUCGUUUCUCUAAGCCAGGUUGCUCUUGGUUUUGAUCAUCUUUGUUCUGUAGAAGAUUAGAAAUCCACUGUCAAGUGUUUAUGCUGCUCUGUGGUUAAGUACCGAGGCAUUUGAAUGGAGUAAACUCCUUAAAGAGUCUCGAUUUCCACACUUGAUUUUGGAGGCAGGUGGAAGGAUCAGUCCUAAGGUGUCAUAGACAGCGCUUUGGAGUAGCAGGUCUAAUAUAUCCUGCUGGUCCCUGGGAAUUUUUUAGGGUGCUAGUUGUUUUGAUGGAUGCAAAUAUAACAAGUAAAAAAUGAACUUUCUUGGUGUCUCUGCAAGAGGGAAACUUCUUUUUUUUCUGAAACGUAUCUCCCAGGUGGGGCUUUGUCGCGAUGCACUACCCAGAGGUUUUCUCCUUUGAAGAAAAGGGAGGGAAGAACGUCUGUUUUGUAGCAUGCCGUCUGUUAAAAGGCGAGGUGUGGUUAUCCACGUUGUUGAUAAUGUGCUAUGUGGUUGUUGUACGGCAGGAUUCGUUUCCACGUGGGCCAGUGACUGUGUUUCUAAUGUUACUGAGCAACAGCUGUUGUAUGGCUGCUAUUUUCAAUAGUUCAUAACUCUGUGCUUUCCUGAGGAUCUCCGUGAAGUGUCAACGUGGGCUUUUCCCAGAGGUUGCCCCGUUAGCGCUUUGUCUCUGCAAUGGCCUUUGGAGAGCGCGGAGCUGGAUCAGACGUGACCGAGAGCCCCGGUGGGACAGCAGCUCUCCUUUCCCUCAGCAGGACCAGGGUGAAAUAAUUUAUCGGGAUGAAUUAACCAUCCAGCCUAACGAGUCAGCAGCAUGCGCCGUGUGCGUCUGCCUCUUCACCCCUCCUCUUCUCCAGCGUCCCGCGGGCUCAGGAGCGAGCCCUGCUCAGCUCCCAGGCGCCCGGCGCUGCGCGGGGGCCCUGGUGCCACCACCUCCAGGGAAGAGCACAACGCCGGAGCUGGCGCGAGGAUGCGGAACGCCUCCCUCUUGGCCGAGGGUGCUUCUCUUCAGCGAAAGGGGUUAAUUAGCCUCUUAGGAGGAGCAGUUGCUAACUGGAUCGCCUCGCCGAUGUUUGACUUUGUCAAUCCCUCCGCAGUCGCGACUGCAGCAGGUUGGUGCUCGGGGGACCGGGGCUGCGCGCGGGGCGACUCUAAGCCGUCCUGAGGUCCUGCUGGGAGGUCGCAGAAGGCAGCCCGAGGGAACCGGCUUGGUCAACUGAGCGAAAGCCGUGGGGUUUUGUUUGGUUCAUUUUUUGGUUGGGUUUCAUUUGUAUUUCAUCUGUAUGUCAAUCUGGAUGAUACAAAACUACUGUUUGCCGAUGGGUUUGACCUCUUAACUGUGAUUGGUUUCAAUAAAUGGGAAAUUCAGAGUU